UUCACAAUUCUAUAAUGCCAUCUUUUCCUUUCCAUUUCUUUUGUCCUCCAGUCCAGAGGCUUGUGAGCAGGAUGAAUGCAAACAUCUCCAUGGUGACUGAAUUCAUCCUUGUAGGCUUCUCCCACCUGGCUGACUUCCAGGGCUUGCUCUUCUCUCUCUUUCUCACCAUCUACCUUCUCACUGUGGUAGGCAACCUCCUCAUCAUGAUGCUGGUCUCAGCCGAUGCUGCCCUCCAAUCUCCCAUGUACUUCUUCCUUCGAAUCCUCUCAGCCCUGGAGAUUGGCUACACCUCCGUCACCAUCCCCUUGCUCCUUCACCACCUCCUCACGGGUCGGCGCCACAUACCCCGCUCUGGCUGUGCCCUCCAGAUGUUCUUCUUUCUCUUUUUUGGUGCCACCGAGUGUUGCCUCCUGGCAGCCAUGGCCUAUGACCGCUACGCAGCCAUCUGCAAACCCCUCCGCUACCCACUGCUGCUGAGCCGACGGGUAUGUCUACAGCUAGCAGGGUCAGCGUGGGCCUGUGGAGCAAUGGUGGGGCUGGGACACACCUCCUUCAUCUUCUCCUUGCCCUUCUGUGGCCCCAAUGCCAUCCCACACUUCUUUUGUGAGAUUCAGCCAGUCCUUCAGCUUGUGUGUGGAGACACCUCACUCAAUGAAUUACAGAUAAUCCUGGCUGCUGCCCUCAUCAUCCUCUGUCCCUUUGGCCUUAUUCUGGGCUCCUAUGGGCAUAUCCUAGCUACUAUCUUCCAGAUCCAAUCUGUUGCUGGCCGCAGCAAGGCCUUCUCCACCUGCUCCUCCCACCUGAUUGUGGUCUCCCUCUUCUAUGGCACAGCCAUCUUUAUCUACAUCCGCCCUAAGGCCAGCUAUGAUCCAGCCACCGACCCUCUGCUGUCCCUCUUCUAUGCAGUGGUCACCCCCAUCCUCAACCCCAUCAUCUACAGCCUGCGAAAUGCUGAUGUCAAGACUGCCCUGAAGAGGACCAUCCAGAAAAUGGGGCCUGCAGAAAUGUGA